AUGACCACUUAUAAGCCUUGCAAUUCCCCUGUAUCAGUUAAGCCUUCUCUUGCUCCAGACUUUGCUCUUCCAUUUGAUCAACCUGAGCUUUAUCGCAAUAUUGUUGGUGCACUCCAGUAUCUUACUAUCACCAGGCCUGACUUGUCUUUCUCUGUUAACCAAGCUUGUCAACACAUGCAUGCCCCCACUAUUGCCCAUUUUGUUGCUGUCAAGAGACUGUUAUGCUAUGUUAAAGAGACUUUAGCCCAUGGACUCACUUUCAGUCCUAGUUCUUUUGAACUUCAGGCCUUCUCCGACUCGAACUAG